GUUUACAGUUUUGUUGUUUUGAAAAUCUUGAUAAUAUUAUCUAUUUUUUACUGUAAAAAUUUCUAUUUUAAAUAUUUAACAUAGUCUAUUUAUUUAGUAAACAUGUCUAAUAACUUAAAUCCUCUAGCAGGAACAGCUCAUUUAUUGGAUGAAUUAGACAAAAAACUUAUGGUGCUGCUUCGUGAUGGCAGAACAUUAAUUGGAUAUUUGCGAUGCGUGGAUCAAUUCGCCAAUUUGGUUUUACACAAGACAAUAGAAAGAAUUCACGUUGGGCAAGAAUAUGGUGAUAUACCUCGAGGAAUAUUCAUAGUCAGAGGAGAAAAUGUCGUGCUAUUAGGUGAAAUCGAUAAAGAUAAAGAAGAUAAUCUUCCGCUCACAGAAGUAUCAGUUGAUGAUAUUCUAGAUGCUCAAAGACGUGAACAAGAUGCCAAAAUUGAGCAGCAGAAACUGCUUUCCAAGGCAUUGAAAGAUAGAGGUCUCAACAUGCUAGCUGAACUUGGCCACGAUGACAUGUUUUAGAAGCUUUUACCUAGAAUAAGUUCAACAUUAAACAUUUUAUAAAUAUUUAUAUAACUUUUGAAAACAUUCCUAUAACCUAU